GGCGCGGCGCGGAGCCCGGCGACCGGCGGGCUGAGGCGGCGGCGCGGCCACCCAGGGCCCGCGGCCGGCCGGAGCGGCGUCGGGAGGCCUGAGCGGCGGGGCGCGGCGCCCGGCCCGCGGGGAUGCGGGACCGGCUGCCGGACCUGACGGCGUGUAGGAAAAACGAUGAUGGGGACACAACUGUCGUUGUUGAAAAGGACCAUUUUAUGGAUGAUUUCUUCCAUCAGGUUGAGGAGAUCAGAACCAGUAUAGCUAAAAUAGCUCAGUAUGUUGAAGAUGUGAAGAAAAACCACAGCAUCAUUCUUUCUGCACCAAACCCAGAAGGAAAAAUAAAAGAAGAGCUUGAAGAUUUGAACAAAGAAAUCAAGAAAACUGCUAAUAAAAUUCGAGCCAAGUUAAAGUCUAUUGAACAGAGUUUUGAUCAGGAUGAGGGUGGACACCGAACUUCAGUGGAUCUCCGCAUACGAAGAACCCAGCACUCAGUACUAUCUCGAAAGUUUGUGGAAGUUAUGACAGAAUAUAAUGAAGCACAGACUCUGUUUCGGGAGCGAAGCAAAGGACGUAUACAGCGUCAACUAGAAAUAACUGGAAAAACUACCACUGAUGACGAACUGGAGGAGAUGCUGGAAAGUGGGAACCCUUCCAUCUUCACCUCAGACAUUAUAUCAGAUUCACAAAUUACUAGACAAGCUCUCAAUGAGAUUGAGUCACGUCACAAAGACAUCAUGAAACUGGAGACCAGCAUCCGAGAGCUGCACGAGAUGUUUAUGGACAUGGCUAUGUUUGUUGAGACUCAGGGUGAAAUGAUCAACAACAUAGAAAAAAACGUUAUGAAUGCCGCAGACUAUGUAGAACAUGCUAAAGAAGAAACAAAAAAAGCUAUUAAAUACCACAGUAAAGCGAGAAGGAAAAUGACGUUCAUUAUUCUUUGUGUACUUAUUUUGCUUGUGAUCCUUGGAAUUAUCCUAGCAACAACACUGUCAUAGCAGCAUAGCCCAGGAGCCAUUUGUCCUUGGAGUCAGACCACAUCCGCAGCAAAUGAGCAUCCUCCCAUUUCAUGAAAGAAUCCCAGACAUUGUGACACGUGGCACUGAGUGCUGAUCUUUUACUAGUGAAUUCAAGGAGGAAACACAACAGAAUGUAUUGUUCAGUGAAAAAACCAUAAGCACAAUUGGAUGUGAUGAGUUAACCCAAACAUCCUUGGACUCUGAAGAACACACCACAUUUAACAAUGUGAAGCCCGUUUCAAUGGCCUUAAAAUAAGGAAUUAUUGAAAAUUUCAAUUUUUUUUUGUAUUUCAGUGUUAAGAAUAUAUGUGAAGUUUAAUUAGGAAUAUAUUAUGUUAUAAAGCUAUUAGAUUUCAGAUCUAAUGCUUUCUUCUCUCCCCUUCUCCCUGCUAACAUACACUAAUUAAGAGACGUUUUAUACAAUGUUUAAUUCCUGUUUGUUUAUUGUUUGCAAAAAUAAUUUUUAUUAUCACAGCUGUUUUGUAAGCUAUCUAUAAUUUUAAAUGUUUAUAAAUUGUUUAAUAUAUUAACAUCUUAAUUUACUCCACUUUUAUAUAUUAAAUAUUGCCUUUUUAAAAGAAACCGGAAGCUUCAUGAUAUUAGAGCGGUCUUUGCACAGUUGUUUACAUAAUUUGCCCUUGGCAUAGAAAACAGUGGCUGCAAAGCACCCCAAAAAGCCUUUCAAGUGCCUUCUGUUAAUAUUGAUUUAUACGGUUUAAAUGUGCCUGAUUCUUCCAGGAAAAUCUCAAUUAUUGCACUCAGCUCCAUUUCUACCUGUUCCAUUACCCAAGAUAAUAAAUUAGUUACUGCGUUGUAAAGACAGUGGUCUCUUCUUUGUUCGUUAAAAUAAGGUUGUGUUUCUCUGUUUACAUUAAUGAAGUCUGAAUUUAAAAUGGUGAUAAAACCAAGAUUUAGUACUUUCUAAACUCAAGGAAAUUAUUUCUAGACAUGAGGUAAUUCUUUUAAAUUUAAACUGUUGUACAGAUCCCUUAAAUGUUCUUGUUAAGUACCUACUAUUCUGCUGAACUUUAAAAGUUAAUUCCCACAUUUACAGGAAUCUAUGAUAUUUAAACAUUUUUUAUUGCUCAUUAAUGUUUCUGAGUAUAAUAUAUAUGCCUUAUUUUUAGACUUGUAAAAUGUAUGAAAUCUCACUAGUGCACGGACAUCUGUGAAGUUAGCAGUGAGUUGGAAUUUUAAAUGACUAUGUGAAGGAUACGCAAAAUAUGUUAACUCUUGUUACUUUUGUAUGUGAUUGUAUAAGCAUGUGACUGUAUUAUAACAUUGUUCACUUUGAAAACUAAUAUAGAUAUGCUUGAUUCUGAACAAUAAGUGUGACUUGUAUUGAACAGUUUAGAGACUGUGUUCCUUAUUUAACACAAUUAUGAAUUCUUCCACUCGUUCAUAAUUUGUACAUCUCACUGCUUAGCUUAGAUUCAAGUCUGUGUUUAUGCAUUUAUGUACCUGCUGAUCAUCACUGUGUACUCAGAAUUACUGUAGGAGUAUUCUGACUCUAACAUGGACUUUUUAAAAUCUUUCAAUAACCUGCCAGUGGGAUAUGCUCACUGAUCUGUGCUUAAGUUGAAGAUAUAACUUGUCUUGAAGGAUAUUUAAAUAUUUAGAGAUCAUGCUUGUGUUACUAUGACGUUGUCUGUGAUGGUGUCCACGUGUGGAGGAGCCGUGUGCUGGUGACAGCCAGCUUCGUCUGUCCUGCCUUCUCUUCAGGUGCAGCCUUACUGGUCCUCACCUUCAUGACCGUCCUGACUGUAUAUUUUCAAGUCAGCCUUGCUGGAUUUGGAGUCUUACUGACUUUGUGUUUUUGUAGUUGAAGUUAUGGAAAUGCUUUUUGAUUUGUAUUUAGAUAUUGAAGUCAUUCAUCAGAUAGCACAUUUGUAUGUCUGAGCCUCAUGUACCUAUUUGAAGUCAUAUUUUUAAAAAUAUAUUUACAGGUUUAUUUGUGACUUUUUAUCAUUUCUUCAAAUAUUUCAUGUUUACAUUAAAAAAAUUCCCAGAGAACCAAAAAAAUUUUACUUUCUGCCUUGUCAUUUCUGGAAAGAUUUUGGGGGAGAUAUUUUAUUGCAUAUCCAUUAAUAAAUUGUUCCACUAAGAAAAUUA